UCGCUGUAGGUGGUACUGGUCUCCCGUGCGGCGUUCUUGGCUUCGGGUCACGUAACGUUUCUAGAUUAAAAUUGUGAGCACAGGGUCGAAGAGCCCAAAUUCACCAUGACACCCUUCGCCUUGUCCUGUCAAGCCUCACAACUACUCUGUCGUAGUAUUCGCCUGGGCUCCAGUCGAUUUAACACAUCAAUCAAGCUCACCCGACCCUGCACCAGUAUCAUUCGCUCGUACACUAUCUCAGGCGAUAGAAUCCUUCGGUCAAAUUACCCCGCUAUAGACGUGCCGAAAAACCAGUCAUACGUACAGUUUAUACUCGACAGUUGUAAGAGGAAUGGCGAGAAAGAUGCCUUGGUAGACGGUCCAACGGGCGAGACAUUCACGUAUACAGAUCUUAUAACCCUGACCAAGAAAUGCGGGUCUGCUAUGCUUCGCGCAGGGGUCACACCCAAAGACGUGGUCUUACUUCACUUGCCCAGCAUCAUGCAGUACGCUGUGUAUCUAUAUGGGGCACAGGCCAUGGGAGGCGUCGUAAGCACGGCAAAUCCCGGGUAUUCAGCAGAUGAGUUAGCCUACCAAGUUACAGACUGCGACGCUAAGUACAUUAUCACAAACUCGAAGCUCUACCACACUGCUAUAGAGGCGGCGAGGAAAGCUAACGUCGAGCACGUCUUCGUGUCGGAGGAAUUCUUCAAGGAUGUGCUUGAGGAUGAUGGUUCAGCGUUAACGGGAAUCUAUUGUCCAUCGGACACGACAGAGACAGCAUGUUUGCCGUACUCUAGCGGGACUACGGGCUUGUCGAAAGGCGUCAUGCAAUCACACUACAACCUCAUAGCGAAUGCGUUAUGUCUAGGGAGCAAAAAUUUCAUGCAGCACGACAAGCAGUUGGUCACCCUGUCUUUAAUGCCUCUUUUCCACGCAUUCGGACUGGUGAUUAACAUAGGCAUGCAUUUCUAUUUGGGCUCCAAGGUCGUCUUGUUGCAGGGGUUUGAGCCUGAGCAACUUUUGAAGACAAUAGAGAAAUAUAAGGUGACUGACUUCCCGAUGGUCCCUCCACUUGCCCUUUUCCUUGCUAAGCACCCUCUAGUUGACAAGUACGACUUAUCAUCCCUCGAGAGCAUGGUCUCUGCCGCGGCUCCAGUCGGUAAAGGCGUCCUGAGAACCAUGGCUGAACGAAUCCCCUCCCUCAAAAUUGUCAGGCAAGGUUACGGUCUGACCGAGUGCACAGCUGGGGCGAUCAUCACCCCUGUUGACCCCAGUAAGGCCAAGGACGGGUCUGUUGGGGUGUUGCUUCCAAACCUAGAAGGCAAGAUCACUGACUUAAAGACGGGAGAGGCGCUGGGUCCAAACCAGGAAGGGGAGAUCUGUAUUCGAGGACCUAUGGUCACAAGUGGUUAUCUAAACAAACCCGAGCAGACGGCGAACACGUUCACGAAUGAAGGAUGGCUUCACACAGGGGAUAUUGGCUACUAUGACGACGACGAGUAUUUCUACAUCACAGACCGACUCAAGGAACUUAUCAAAUACAAAGGACACCAGGUCCCCCCUGCGGAGCUCGAAGCCCUGCUCGUCUCACACCCCCAUAUCUCUGAUGCCGCUGUCAUCGGUAUCCCGGAUGAAGAAGCCGGUGAACUCCCGAAGGCCUUUGUGGUCGCCAAGGCGGAGAUCUCGGAAAAAGAGAUCUUGGAUUUCGUGAUGGAGCACGCCGCCCCUGAGAAAAGACUGAGGGGAGGGGUGGAGAUCGUGGAUACCAUUCCCAAGACCGCUAGCGGCAAGAUUCUUAGAAGAGUGCUUAAGGAACAGGCCCUUGCUAGUUAGGAAUUCAUGGAAUAACACUCAAGCAACAUGCGCUGAUAGAGCUGAUGGCUAGCUCUAAGAAUUCUGUAAUCAAAAAACGGACGCUUGCUAGCUAAGAUUUCCUAAAAUCUCACUCAAGCAACAUGCAGUCUUAAUCUAGGCAUUCCUAGAAUCGCACUCAAGCAACAGGCAGUCGCAAGCUAGGAAUUCCUAGAAUCGUACUCAAGCAAUAGGCAGUCGUAAGCUAGGAAUUUCUAGUAUCGCCCUCAAGCAACAGGCAGUCGUAAGCUAGGAAUUCCUAGAAUCGCACUCAAGCAACAGGUAGUCGUAAGCUAGGAAUUCCUAGAAUCGCACUCAGGCAACAGGCAGUCGUUAGCUAGGAAUUCCUAGAACCGCACCCAAGCAACAGGUAGUCGUAAGCUAGGAAUUCCUAGAAACGCACCCAAGCAACAGGCAGUCGUAAGCUAGGAAUUCCAAGAAUAGCACUCAAGCAACAGGCAGUCGUAAACUAGGAAUUCCUAGAAUCGCAUCCAAGCAACAGGUAGUCGUAAGCUAGGAAUUCCUAGGAACGCACCCAAGCAACAGGCAGUCGUAAGCUAGGAAUUCCUAGAAUGGCACUACAGCAACAGGCGCUGGCUAGCUAAGAAUUCUUGGAAAAUUAAUUAAAUAACAGGCGCUGCCCGCUAGGAAUCCUAGGGAUCGUACUUUUAAGCAAAAAACAGCUGCUAGUUGAAUUCUUGUAAUUGUCCUCAAGCGCCAUGCACUAGUUAGCUAGAAAUUCUCAUUUAUUUUUGGAUUGGAUGCCGAAAUCAAACCCAGCAUUUAGACAUGUCCGUGUACUUAGAUUCUCCUAUCGAUUCUAAAACUUUUAACAUGUUACAAAGCAAAUAUCUGUAUAAAAAGCUGAUUUUAAAAUUGUUUAAAAGUAUCUAUCCCCUUC